AUGGAAUACAUGGAAUACACGGAAUACAUGGAAUACAUGGAAUACAUGGAACACAUGGAAUACAUGGAAUAUAUGGAAUACAUGGAAUACAUGGAAUACAUGGAAUAUAUGGAAUACAUGGAAUACAUGGAAUACAUGGAAUAUAUGGAAUACAUGGAAUAUAUGGAAUACAUGGAAUACAUGGAACACAUGGAAUAUAUGGAAUACAUGGAAUAUAUGGAAUAUAUGGAAUACAUGGAAUACAUGGAAUAUAUGGAAUACAUGGAAUACAUGGAAUACAUGGAAUAUAUGGAAUACAUGGAAUAUAUGGAAUACAUGGAAUAUAUGGAAUACAUGGAAUACAUGGAACACAUGGAAUAUAUGGAAUACAUGGAAUAUAGGGAAUACAUGGAAUAUAUGGAAUAUAUGGAAUAUAUGGAAUACAUGGAACACAUGGAAUACAUGGAACACAUGAGCCCCCGUUACCUGCGGAAACCCAACGGCCCCGUCUGCGCCGGCUCCACGGCCCCUGUGUAG